AUGGAAUCCAACUGUCUUCAAUUUCUUGAGAACAAGACUAUUUUCAUCACUGGUGCUCCUGGCUUUCUUGCCAAAGUUUUGGUUGAGAAAAUUCUGAGGUUGCAACCAAAUGUGAAGAAAAUGUACCUUCUGUUGAGAGCUUCCGACGAUAAAUCAGCCAUGCAGCGCCUACGUAGUGAGGUAUUUGAGAUAGACCUUUUCAAGGUGUUGAGGAAAGAUCUAGGUGAAGAAAAUCUGAAUGGUUUGGUACGUGAAAAGAUCACGCCGGUUCCGGGGGAUAUAUCGGUCGAAAAUAUGGGAGUAAAGGACUUUGAUCUCUUACAACGUAUGUGGAGUGAGAUUGAUAUCAUUAUCAAUAUCGCAGCCACGACGAAUUUCGAUGAAAGAUAUGAUAUUGGUCUUUGCAUCAAUACAUUUGGAGUUCUCAAUGUUCUCAACUUUGCCAAAAAGUGUGUUAAACGGCAAUUGCUUCUCCAUGUCUCAACUGCAUAUGUUUGCGGAGAAAAAUCGGGAUUAUUACUAGAGAAACCAUUCAAGAUGGGGGAGACUCUCAGCGAAAAUAAGCAAGUACUAGAUAUCAAUGCAGAACUCGAACUGAUGAAACAGAAAUUGAAGGAGCUCGAACAUCAAGAUUGUUCUGAAGAAGAGAUCUCACAGUCAAUGAAAGAUCUUGGAAUGACAAGGGCAAAACUUCAUGGAUGGCCAAAUACAUAUGUAUUUACCAAAGCAAUGGGGGAGAUGCUAAUGGGGAACUAUAGAGAAAAUUUGCCACUUGUUAUCAUACGUCCAACAAUGAUUACUAGUACUCUUGCUGAACCAUUUCCCGGUUGGAUCGAAGGAUUGAGAACUAUAGAUAGUGUGAUUUUUGCAUAUGGUAAAGGACGGCUUAAAUGUUUUCUUGCGGAUUCAAACUCAGUCUUUGACCUUAUACCGGCAGACAUGGUGGUGAACGCGAUGAUUGCAGCCGCGACAGCUCAUUCGGGAGAUACCGGGAUUCAGGCAAUAUACCAUGUCGGUUCUUCUUGUCAGAAUCCGGUCACGUUUGGACAACUUCACGAUAUCAAUGCUCGUUACUUCACUAAAAGACCUUUGGUUGGUCGCAAUGGUUCACCAAUCAUAGUAUCUAAAGGAACCAUUUUGUCCACUAUGGCUCAAUUCAGCCUCUACAUGACCCUUCGUUAUAAGCUACCUCUACAGAUACUUCGGUUGAUUAAUAUAAUUUACCCAUGGAGUAAUUACGGAGAUAAUUACAAUGACCUCAGCCGCAAGAUCAAGCUAGCUAUGCGACUAGUUGAGCUUUACCAGCCUUACUUACUCUUCAAGGGCAUAUUUGACGAUUUAAAUACCGAAAGGUUGCGAAUGAGAAGAAAGGAGAACAUCAAAGAGUUAGGUGGAUCGUUCGAGUUCGAUCCCAAGUCCAUUGAUUGGGACGAUUAUAUGUCAAACACACACAUUCCUGGCCUCAUCACUUAUGUGCUUAAACAAUAA